UUCAAUAACCCAUAAACCAUUCCCAUUUACCAUCAGGCCUCUCUAUUUACUUAUUGAAGCCUUUUCCUAUUGUAAACUCACUCUCUUAAAAGUUAGCGGGAAUGCAUUAUGCAUGAUGUGAUCUGUUGUAAUCCAAAUAUAGAGGUUUCCCUUUUGUUUGCACAAUUUCAGGCUUACCAUGGAAGAAACAUUUGUUCCAUUCCGUGGAAUCAAGAAUGAUCUUAAAGGAAGGCUUUUAUGCUACAAGCAAGACUGGAUAGGUGGUUUCCGAGCAGGUGUCAGGAUCCUUGCUCCAACAACAUAUAUAUUCUUUGCUUCCGCAAUUCCAGUUAUAUCUUUCGGAGAGCAGCUGGAAAGAAAUACAGGUGGAACCUUGACCGCAGUGCAAACUCUCGCGUCAACAGCACUCUGUGGCAUCUUCCACUCUAUUCUUGGAGGACAGCCCCUUCUGAUUCUUGGAGUUGCCGAGCCUACUGUAUUGAUGUAUACAUUUAUGUUCGACUUUGCAAAAUACCGAAAGGAUUUAGGGCAGAAACUCUUCUUGGCCUGGAUGGGAUGGGUUUGUGUUUGGACUGCCCUUUUGCUCUUCUUAUUGGCAAUUCUAGGGGCAUGCUCUAUCAUUAACCGAUUUACUCGACUUGCUGGUGAAUUGUUCGGUCUACUGAUUGCAAUGCUAUUCAUGCAGCAAGCUAUUCGGGGUGUUGUGGAGGAGUUUAGCAAUUCCCAACGAGAAAAUUCUAGCCAAACUACGUUGGAACCUUCUUGGAGAUUUGGAAAUGGAAUGUUUGCACUUGUUCUGUCCUUUGGCCUUCUUUUUACGGCACUAAAGAGCCGUAAAGCUAGAUCCUGGCGCUAUGGAACAGGUUGGCUUCGUGGAUUGAUAGCAGAUUAUGGGGUGCCACUUAUGGUGCUUUUGUGGACUGCAGUAUCUUACAUCCCUGCCCAUGAUGUUCCAAGAGGGAUCCCAAGGCGGCUUUUCAGUCCAAAUCCAUGGUCUCCUGGUGCAUAUUCAAAUUGGACAGUUGUCAACGAAAUGUUAUAUGUGCCUCCUCUUUACAUAGUUGGAGCAUUUAUUCCAGCAACCAUGAUUGCUGUGCUUUACUACUUUGAUCACAGUGUAGCAUCUCAACUUGCCCAACAGAAAGAGUUCAAUCUGAAAAAACCAGCUUCAUAUCAUCAUGAUCUCUUUCUAUUGGGUUUUCUGGUUAUAGGAUGUGGUCUUAUUGGGAUUCCCCCAUCCAAUGGUGUAAUUCCGCAAUCUCCAAUGCAUACAAAAAGCUUGGCAACCCUGAAACAUCAGCUUUUGCGUAAUAAGCUUGUGUCAACAGCCAGAAAAAGCAUGAGCAAAAAAUCAAACCUGAGUCAAUUAUAUCGAAACAUGCAAGAGGCAUACAACAAAAUGCAGACUCCACUUGCCUAUCAAAUUCCAUCAGCUCUGGGACUGAAAGAACUGAAAGAAUCCACAAUUCAGUUGGCGUCAAGUACAGGCUACAUUGAUGCCCCUGUUGAUGAAACCAUUUUUGAUGUAGAUAAGGAUAUUGAUGAUCUAUUGCCUGUUGAGGUCAAAGAGCAGCGUCUCAGUAAUCUGCUUCAGGCAUUAAUGGUAGGGGGUUGUGUUGCUGCUAUGCCUCUGCUUAGGAAGAUCCCCACUUCUGUUCUUUGGGGCUACUUUGCUUUCAUGGCCAUUGAAAGCUUGCCUGGGAACCAAUUCUGGGAGAGAAUAUUAUUACUCUUCACUGCUCCAAGCCGAAGAUACAAGGUUUUGGAGGAGUGUCAUGCAACAUUCAUUGAGGCUGUACCCUUCAAAACAAUUGCCAUCUUUACCGUGUUCCAGACAGUUUACUUGCUCGUUUGCUUCGGCAUUACAUGGAUCCCAUUAGUUGGGGUCCUUUUCCCUCUAUUGAUCAUGCUUCUCGUGCCAGUCCGGCAGUAUUUCCUUCCCAAGUUUUUCAAAGGAGCUCAUCUUCAAGACCUAGAUGCUGCAGAAUAUGAGGAAACUCCGGUUGUUUCUUACAGGAUGACAUUUGAAGAUCAAGACAUUGAAGCAAGAACUACAAAUAUUGAUGGUGGGGAAAUUCUUGAUGAAUUCAUUACAAGAAGCCGUGGAGAGAUCCGCCACAUGCAAAGUCUUGAAGCAACAACUUCAACUCCUUCACUGGAUGAUGGGAAACCUUCUUUUAGCCCACAGAUGGCAUGGAGGGCAUAUAGUCCCCGUGUUAGUCAAUUGGGGAUGGAGCUCAGUCCAGAGGUCACUGGAGAGGAACUCCAAUUGAAACAGACUCCUAGCCCUGGACCAUCUACUCCUGUUGGACAAAGCAGCCAUGCUCCAUCUUCUUGCUAAAACCCUUGUAAUUCUGGUAAGGUCUAGUGCCAAGUUUAUGUAACUAAAGUGUUGUUUUUGUCAGUGUGUUUUCUAUUUGUGCUCCUGACUAUAGGACGUUUGUCAGAAUUUUCAAUGUACCUUCCAUAUAUGUUUCUUUUUUAUUAAAAUCUUUGGCUCGAC